AUGGUCCCCGCGCCUCCAGUCCCGACUACCGCUCCGGCCCCGUCACAUCUCCAAGCUACCCACGUCCAGCAACAGCAGCAACAGCCGGGUCAGGUCCAUCCGCCUUCGUCACCCGCAAAUCCAAGAAAACGACGAGCCUCCAUCCAGCAGCCAGGAUCGCUGACAAACAUGGGGCCUCCAAUGGCGGGAUCCAACGCAGCUGACCAGGACGGUGCCACGGCGGGUAGCGGUGCUGCUGCUGCACCGGAGACGGGAGCCAAGAAGAAGGGACGCACCAACACGCCCUGGACGGCAGAGGAGGAGCAACGGCUCAAAACGAUGAGAGAUGCAGGUAAUACAUGGAGCGAGAUUGCAAAGACAUUCCCCACUCGGACUGAAGGGAGCGUCAAGAAACAUUGGUAUAAAGAUAUGCAUUAUGCGGAAUUUGCCGAAGACGAGUCUAUAGCCCUGCGAGAUGCAAUCAAGGAGUACGAAGCCAAUAAGUGGAAAGUUAUUGGCCAAAAGGUCGGGAAACCAGCAAAGGCCUGCGAACAAUAUGCCAAGGAGCAUUUCAAGAGCCUAUAA